GAACUCAGAGUAUUUAAGAGGGUGCAGAAAUGGGCUGGGAACUCCUUUUGCUUUCUCCACAAACAGGCACGCUUUCAUCUGAUCUGGGCCAUUGCUGAGCCGCCGCACAGUGAAGGAGAAAGAAAUAAACUCCACCACCACCACCAUGUGCUACGGGAAGUGUGCUCGGUGCAUCGGACACUCUCUGGCCUGGCUCGCCGUCCUCUGUAUCGUAGCUAAUAUUUUGCUUUACUUUCCCAAUGGGGAGACAAAGUAUGCUUCUGAAAACCAUCUCAGCCGCUUUGUGUGGUUCUUCUCUGGCAUUGUAGGAGGGGGCUUGCUGAUAUUCCUGCCAGCUUUCGUCUUCAUCGGGCUGGAACAGGAAGACUGCUGUGGCUGCUGCGGCCAUGAAAACUGCGGCAAGAGAUGUGCGAUGCUUUCUUCCGUGCUGGCUGCUCUCAUCGGAAUUGCAGGAUCUGGGUACUGCGUCAUUGUGGCCGCACUGGGCUUAGCGGAAGGACCAAUAUGUGUUGAUGCCAGUGGCCAGUGGAACUACACCUUUGCCAGCACGGAGGGAAAAUACCUUGUGGAUAGGUCCACGUGGUCCCAGUGUAUUGAGCCCAAGCACAUUGUGGAAUGGAAUGUCUCUCUGUUUUCUAUCCUCCUGGGACUUGGUGGAAUUGAAUUCAUCUUGUGUCUCAUUCAAGUAAUAAAUGGAGUGCUUGGAGGCAUCUGUGGCUAUUGCUGCUCUCGCCAACAGCAAUAUGACUGCUAAAAGAACCACCCCAAGGCAGGUCCACAACUUUCCUCGAAGUUGCUGUAAUUUAUAUAUUUUACUUGUAUUAAUUUGUAAAACUUUGUACUAGUGUAUCAUAUGCCACAUGUUCUACUUUUAUAAGUGUGUAUAAAGACUGGCAUCUUGGAGUUCUCUUGUGGCACAGCCGGUUAAGGAUCCAGUGUUGUCACUGCAGCGACUUGAUCUCUGCUAUGACGAGGGUUCAAUCCCUGGCCCGGGAACUUCCACAUGCCCCUGGUGCAGAAAAAAAAAAAAAAAAAGAUUGGCAUCUUUAUGGGAUGCCAGUGUUUGAACUUAACAAACAAACUUUUUUUUGUGGGGAGGGGGCAGGGAGGGAUAAGAAAAUAAAGCACACUCAAGGUAAUUUACAGAGCGAGUGACAGUUCUCAGUCUACCUGAGAUAAAUUCUGACUGAAGUCAAGUUUUUGAGAAGCAUUACAGGGACAAAUAUCACAUUCCAAUUACUAUUGUAUAUAUUUAUAUGUGCAUGUGUUUAUUAAAUGAAAGAGUUCUAGUUGCUUUUUUUAAUAUCAUGAAGGAAAAAAUUCAACAACCUGAAAAGAUGUAUUUUUUCACUGUUUAUAUGGUGUUUCCUAUUUGUAUGACUGCUAAUCUCUAGCAAGGGGCCUUUUGAACUGUUUCAUAUCAUGAAAGAGACAGAUCCUUCCCCAGAGUAGGAAGAUGGAUUGAAAAUGCUUGAAGCCAAAGGGACAAGUCAGAAAAUGCAAUGCAGCAAGUUGCUCCAAGGACUACCAGAUCCUGAAUUUUCCUCACAGAUGAAAAGCUUUUUGACCUUCAAAGACAGGACUAAGUAUCGGGGAUCUAAAAAGAAAUAGGCUAGGAUAACUGGACAAGAAGAAAGAUGGGAAACGGAAUAAAGCAGCUGAUCAGCAUCUUGGGAAGCUGAGGGAGGAGGGGCAGGAGGACCGGGAGGAAAUACUCCCCAGAUUUGCUUGUUUAAAUACAACAAAUAAAGUAUUCACUACCA